GUGUGUGUGUGUGUGUGUGUGUGACGUCACGGUCGUUUCUUCAGGUUAUGGCGGAGCUGAACUCUUCAAACUUUCUCUGAAGUGAGUGCUAGAGGCUAUUGUAAUGGAGCAGCUUCAGGGAGCGUGGAGAUCCGUCACUAACGGUCUGGGAAUGAAGGAGUCUGUGUUUGAGAGCUCAUGUGUGUCUCCUGUGAUCCAAGGGGUGCCAUGUGUGCACCGCUCCUCGAACGACUCCAGAGCCAGCCGCACCAUCCGAGUCUUCCUGCCCAACCAGCAGCGGACCGUGGUGAAUGUGCGUCCAGGCAUGACGCUCCACAGCUGUCUGAUCAAAGCGCUGAAGGUUCGAGGGCUCCAGCCGGAGUGCUGCGCUGUCUUCAGUCUCCAUCCGGGACAGAGAAGCAAGAAGUCUCGUAUGGACUGGAACACAGACUCUACCUCACUCAUUGGGGAGGAACUUCUAGUGGAGGUUUUGGAUCAUGUUCCCUUAACUACACACAAUUUUGUUAGAAAAACAUUUCUGAAAUUGGCUUUCUGCGACAUAUGUCAGAAGUUCCUGUUAAAUGGUUUCCGUUGCCAAACAUGUGGCUACAAGUUCCACGAGCACUGCAGCACAAAAGUGCCCACAAUGUGUGUCGACUGGACAAACAUCAGACAACUUCUAUUGUUUCCGACUCCUGGUGAAGGUGGGACUCCAUAUCUACCUGCAUUUACAUCUCGGAGAAUGAGGGAAUCCCUGACGAGGAUCCCUAGCAGCUCUGUGCACAGACAUUCAAACCCUCACGUCUUCAAUUUCACCAGCGCUUACCCCCCGUCUGGAGCGGCUCUGACGCAGAGACUGCGCUCCACCUCCACACCCAACGUCUGCACCACAGUGGCUGUCGACAGCAGCCAGAUUGAGCUCGACACGUCUCUGAGCUCCUGGUGCCCUCAGCAGUUUGGUCUGAAGAGAAGAGAUGCCAUACGUAUUCACAGCUCAGCUAGCAGUUCUCCAAAUCAGAGCCCCACAGGCUGGAAUCAACCCAACAUACCCACCGUGGCCCAGAGAGAGCGGGCACCGUCCCUUAACCCUCAGGAGAAAGUUAAAAUUCGGCCGAGGGAUAAGAGAGACUCCAGCUAUUACUGGGAGAUUGAAGCUAACGAGGUCAUGCUGCUGAACAGGAUUGGCUCGGGCUCCUUUGGAACCGUAUACAAAGGGAAAUGGCACGGUGAUGUGGCUGUGAAGAUAUUAAAAGUCACCAACCCAACACCGGAGCAGUUUGAAGCCUUCCGCAAUGAGGUGGCGGUUCUUAGGAAAACCAGACAUGUCAACAUCCUGUUGUUCAUGGGCUACAUGACAAAAGAGAAUCUUGCGAUUGUGACGCAGUGGUGUGAAGGCAGCAGUCUCUACAAACACCUCCAUGUGCAAGAGACCAACUUCCAGAUGUUUCAGCUGAUAGAUAUCGCCAGACAGACCGCUCAGGGCAUGGACUAUCUGCACGCAAAAAACAUCAUCCACCGCGACAUGAAAUCAAACAACAUCUUCUUACAUGAAGGCCUGACAGUGAAGAUUGGAGAUUUUGGACUGGCCACUGUGAAGGCCAGGUGGAGCGGUUCUCAACAGGUGGAGCAAACCUCGGGAUCUAUUUUAUGGAUGGCUCCUGAGGUGAUCCGGAUGCAGGACAGCAACCCGUACAGCUCCCAAUCAGAUGUGUAUUCUUAUGGCAUUGUGCUGUUUGAAUUAAUGACAGGGGAGCUGCCCUACUCACAGAUAGCGAACCGAGAUCAGAUCAUUUACAUGGUUGGUCGGGGAUAUCUGUCUCCAGACCUCAGUAAGCUCUAUAAGAGUUGUCCUAAAGCCAUGAAGAGACUGGUGGCUGACUCUAUCAAGAAGUCCAAGGACGAGAGGCCACUUUUCCCGCAGAUUCUGUCCUCCAUUGAGCUGCUGCAGCAUUCGCUGCCCAAAAUCAACCGCAGCGCCUCUGAGCCCUCGCUGCACAGAGCGUCACAGAGUGAAGACAUCAACUCCUUCACGCUCACCUCCAUGAAGCUGCCUGUGUUUUAGAAGCCAAAUACUAUUGCUUUGAGCUGCUACAAGGCCAUUUAUAGAAUUUGUGACUGAUAAACCGAAUGACUGAAACCAGAGUUGCAAACCAGAAUAAGAAGGGAUCUCUUGAAAUUUCAGCUGGAGAGCUCCAUUCGUAGCUGAUGUUGAUCUCAGAAAUGAAGGCUGUUUCCUGUGUUUGCAAGCUAGUGACAGAUGCACUUUGACAAUGAGAUUAUAAGUACACAAGCCCUCAGUUUUAUGUGUCUGAAGAGAUGCUGCCGUCAAUGCUCAAAGGAUAGUGUUUGAAUAUACACAAAAAGAGCUUCAUGAUUUAGUCAGUAUUGAGCUGUCAUUGAACGCUGUUCAUUAUUAAGAUACCACAUAGUCUUACACAAUUUGAGCUCUAUUUUGUGAUUUUGUCAAGUAUUUUGAAUGUUAUUGACUGAGUACAUACUGUUAAUCAACUAUUUUAAUAAAAUUAAGUUAAAUACCCUU